AUGUUGCACCCGACCAGCAAUCCUGUAGCCCCUCGAUCUCCCCAGACUCGUCUGACUCCAACAGCCGCUCAUGUUUCGAAUGAAUCGCUGGCCGACUCCCAUUCGCAGGUCUCUGCUUCUCGAAAACCUGCCCAUCCGGUCCUGAGCAAUAAUCUCAUUCCAAGGGACUAUUUGGCGUCUCUGUCAGGCUCACGAUCUCCUGGUGGACCACCCAGACGGAAGCAGGACGAGACUUCCUCCUAUACCACGAGCCCUUCUUUUAAUAGCAUACAUGAGGUUGGCAAAAGCGGCCUCGCACAAACACAGCAGGCCGAAAAGUUGCUGACAGGGAACAAUUCCCACAACACCACGGGCACAGUUGGGAGCGACUUGCGACCCUCUCCAGACCUGAGACCUCAGCACGCUGGCAAGCCUCCCCCAGCAGAUUCCUUCUUAUCUGGGCCAGGACCGAGCCAAAUCUCAGAAUCCCCCAAAUCAUUCGCGUCGUCUUUCACAACCGCCCACCAGGAGACCACAAUGCCACGCACUUCUUCAAUCGACUCGGCCAUCUCCAAUAUCUCCAAUGUCUCAGCACCCCAGAGACAGCCCGGCGAGGCCAAGGAUCCCAGUCCGCAAGAGGUUCGCAAUCUGAUUGCGACGGCUGGGUCCGCCGAGAACCUCGUUCAACAUCUGCUGAGGGACAAGAGUCACGCGGCCGCACAAAAUGCACAGCUGUGGAAAUUGGUUGAUAAACAACGAGCACUGUUGCUCGGCCUGAAUAAAGACCUCGAGAGAGCGGCCAAAGAGAGAGAUCGAUAUAGGAAGAAACUGAAGGAGUUGCAAGCAAAAUCACCAGCAGUACCCACGAUUCAUAUGGAUGGCCAUUCACCUCAAUCUGAAGCUGGUGCUUCGGUGUCCUCGAAUGAGGCUGUUAUCGGGAGAGACUCAAGGUCAAAUCAAGACCAUCAUCACACGCCUCACAAACCUACAAGUCCGGUGGCCCACAGCUCUCCGAUCGAUGCUGCCAUGAUGCCAUCUCCACUUCAUCUGCAGCAGCAACACAAGUUUCAAAGCCUCUCAACCCAAUUGGCAAACCCAGUCCUAGCCGUGACAGAGUCCAGUAGUCCCUUGAAUGAGAAACCUCCAAAGUCUUUUCAAGCAUCGAGAAAGACUGCCCCUCGUCCCUUGAAUCUCAGCUCCGCGAAGGAAGAUCUUCCUGUUGCACAGCAGUUAACUUCAGGCGAGGUUAUCAUUAGUGAUGCAGAGGAAGAAUUGCGAGACCCCAUGCAUCGCGGACGGCGGAAGACACGUGAAGAAGAUGACCGAGAACGUGAAAUCAUAGCCUUCAAGGAGCAGGAGGCCCGAAGUCGAUCCAAGAAAGAGAAGCAACCACCCAACAGUGUACCGGCAGAAAAACACGGUCAGGUACAACAGCCUCUCUCGAGUGCUGCAAUCGACCAGAUGCAUGCUAAGAUGCAAGGUCAGUUUUCACCUGCCUCGAUCACAUCGGCAGGAUCAUCAGCUCAAUUGUCGAUUCCUCUUCGCAGCCCCGGCCUUCCUGUAAGUCCACGACCCAUAGGUCAGACGCUUUUGGCCGCUUCGCUGCCAAUGUCUCCUCGUGGUGCAGGUGGUAAUUUUCCUCUCUCACCUCGAGCACCGAAGCAAGCUCUGCCGAACCCUACCACACCUGGGACACAUGCUCCUGCCCCGCAUACUCUAGAUGCUCAAAAGAAGACCGGCCCUUCACUGGGCCCUUCACCUCUAGUCAAGAUGAACUCCAAUACUACGUCAGAUCAGUCUCCGAUUCACGAUUUACCUCUGAGUCCGAGUGACGCUCCUGCUGUAAACCGCAGUCUAAUCAGUCCAACCUGGCCCGAUCUACUCCUCCCUCCAAAUGCUCUACCUUCGAUCCAAGUCAAAGUUGCCUCAUCGCGUUUACGACCUUCACGGAACAGUGUCGCGGGCGUCAAGCCACAGGAAGAUUUAUCGGUUUUCAGUUUGUCGAUCUUUGAACGUGCAAGCUCCGCCGAGCUCUGGCGACUUGAAAAACUCCCCAUGUCGCUCGCCAACCUUGAACAACAACUACGAUCCAAGUGUACAGAAUUGCCUAAAUUGCCCGAUAGAAAGCUUUUCUCUGGCCAUUCACCUGUUAUAAUUGAUGCUCGACGACACGCUAUUGACCAAUAUUUUGAAGAGCUUCUUGACACACCCAUGGAUGAGCAAGCGGCAGCAUUCAUUUGUAAAUACCUUUCAAGCGACGUUUUAGAUUCUCAUGUUCGUCCACCGGUCCAAUCUGCCGAGGAAGGCCACCCUAAACCGGCUUCAGCCCCUCAAUCGUCAGGAAUACCAACCAAGUCAGGUUAUCUGACCAAGAAGGGCAAGAACUUUGGAGGGUGGAAGUCAAGAUACUUUGUUCUCGAUAGUCCCGAGCUGAGAUAUUUUGAAGCCCCGGGUGGAGCUCAUUUGGGAACGAUCAAGCUGCUUAAUGCUCGUAUUGGGCGACAAACACAGUCUGAUCCGCCUGGCCGUCCCGAUGCGGAUUCAGAAAAUCAAUAUCGCCAUGCUUUCCUGAUUCUCGAGCCGAAGCGUAAAGAUCUGAACAGUCACGUGCGACAUGUCCUUUGCGCAGAAAGUGACGAAGAACGAGAUGAAUGGGUAGAGACUCUCUUACAUUACAUUGAUGAACGCCCAGCUGAACCAAAGACUCAAUAUGGUGCGGGGGUGCAGAAUGCGCAGGGCAAAGAGUCCAAGUCAUCACACAAGGCGGGAAGCACUCAGGCACAUGAUGACACAGAAUCAAAGCCGGCCAGUAGCCCAUUGCUUGGUCACGGUUACAGUGACACACCAUCUCCUUCCAAUGCUUCAAGCCACACUCCAGAUCCUUCUCUCCACGAAGCGCCACCCGCACCUGCACCAGCGCCAACAUCGAAAACCAUGAUAUCAGGUCCGAUAAAUGGUACCAAAAUUGCAGAUCCCGGAUUCUGGGGCAACAGAUCGACUCCGCCUGGUGGAAGCAAAGAACGCCAUCAAGACCGUGGCAUGCGCAAUUUGUUCCACUUCAGGAAAUCAUCUUCUGAGCAGCUGGUCCCCCCAACCCAGCAAUACGCUCCACCAAAGAGGACGGAUUUGCAGGCCCGUCGAGGAGGACAUGUGCGACCUGUGUUUGGAAUGCAGCUCACUGAAGCGGUUGAGCAUUAUUCUCCGGUAGACGUGGAAGUGUACCUGCCAGCCGUGGUCUACCGGUGCAUUGAAUACCUGCGAGUUAAGGAUGCCGCUAGUGAAGAGGGUCUCUUCAGGCUCAGCGGCUCGAACAUUGUAAUUCGAUCGUUGAAAGACCGCUUCAACGCUGAAGGAGAUGUCGAUCUACUAGCGGAGGAAGAAGACUACGACGUCCACGCAGUUGCCUCCUUAUUCAAGAUGUACUUGCGUGAACUCCCUGCGACGAUUCUUACCCGAGAAUUGCACCUUGAAUUUCUCAAAGUUCUGGAGUUGGGAGAUAAAACACAGAAGAUCAAGGCUUUCAAUGGACUGGUCCACACACUGCCAGUGUGCAACUUCAUGUUACUGCGGAGCUUGUCCCAGUAUCUCCUCGAGGUGGUUCAGAACUCAGACCGAAACAAAAUGAGCGUUAAGAACGUGGGGAUUGUCUUCUCACCGACUCUGAACAUUCCAGCACCUGUCUUUUCCUUGUUCUUAACGGAAUUCGAGGCAAUUUUCGAUAAACCCAUGGAUCGAGAGUUGAUCAGAUCGACGGAAAUCGACCGCGACGGUGGUACCUUGACCCCCGAGGACAUCCGCUCUCCUCGCCGACAAAUGUUUACAGAUCUGCCCACUCCCGCAUAUGAUCAGCACAGCUUCGCCAACAACGCCCAGAGCGCCGGAGCAUCGUCCCAUUCCUAUCCCCAGGGACAAGGGCAAGGACAAGGACCUCCGUAUGAGCACCAGAGGGAUCCCAGCGGCGAUCUGGGCUUUGCUCCCUUACAACCAAGUUACGAGUCACGGAGCUACGUCUCUCACCCACAGGAUGUCCCAGCUCCACCGCGCUAUCCUCCCCCCCAGCCACCGUAUGGACACAUGGUGACACCCGAUUAUUCAGGCUCGACCCUGUUAAUGACGCCCGAAAAUGCCGCCUCCGUCAAGGCUAAACGGCGCGAAAGCGCCAUGUUGUUUUAG